UCUCAAGCAGCGGUUCUGCGUGUACAAACUACAUGUCCCGACAGGCAGCUCGUGACGUCAUUCCACUUCCGGACCAGGUCGCAAGCAAGAUGGCAGGAUUAUUUAAAGUUGGGACAUUCUUGAAAAAUGCCUGGCACAAAGAACCUGUGUUAACUGUCUCUGCGGGCAUUGGUAUUUUAGCUCUUGUGCUUCCCAUUGUCAGUCCAUACACAAAGUAUGCUUCAAUGUACAACAAAGCUAUUCCUUAUACAUAUCCAGUUCCAGUUCGAGAUGACGGAAAUAUGCCUGAUGUCCCCAGCCAUCCAUGUGAAAAAGUUGGGCCAAACUUAGACUGGCUGAAGAAUUUGUGAUAGAAAUUUUUGUGAGACGACAUAUGUGAAUAAACACCACCAUUCUUAGAUUGGUUAAAAUAUUGUAAGGAAAUGUAAUAAAUUAUUCUCCUUUCUAAUGAGUAGAUGAUGAUAUGCAUAAGAUUAUAUAAAUAACUGUUCUAAACAUCUUUGGAAGAAAUACUUGGUGGUUAUAUUUUGUUGUACUGACAAAAAUAAAGUUUGCUUCUCCAUUGGAA